AUGCAUAUAAGUAAAUCUUCGGAAGGACUACAAUUCUCGGUUCAUCACAAGUCCAGCAUAGCUCCACAUAUUAUACCAGCAGAGGCUUUUCAGCCUUCUCGAUAUGUCAAUGCUGCCAUUGCCGCUCUCGUUAGAAGGGCUUACUUACUAUCAUCUUCGCAAGAGCUGGUAAACAUGGAGUUAGACAACAUAAGUUUGGGGGUACGCACUGCUGGCUUUUCACGUGCAAAAUUUACGCACGUGCUCAAUAUGGUAAAGAAAUCACUGUUUCCAAGUACCACAUUAUGCAGCAAAAGAGAAUUUUCAAUGGUACAAACAUCGUUGCCAUACCUGGGACCCCUCUCUAUACGUAUCUGCAGAAUCUUUAAGCAGCACGGCCUUAUACUACCACUAACCCCACUUCCAAACCUACGCAAACUCAUUUGUAAUGAUAGGGACAAAUUUUCCACGCUUGAGAAGUCGGGGGUCUAUGCUGUACCUCUGGAAAACCUUACAACGGGAGUAAAUGCAAGAUAUGUCGGGGCCACUACUAGAAUGCUUGCCAGCCGACUAGAAGAGCACCAAAACGAUGUUGCGAGGGGUAGACACACCACCGAGCUCGCAAGAAAAGUACUUGAGCAGGGUUACAACCCGCUAUGGUCCCAAGCGGUUAUGCUCAAGAGCUGUAAGGAUCGAAAAAUCGUAUUUAUAUGGGAGUCUCUUCUUACUACCACCUUGGACACGUGCAACAUUCCAACUCUCGAGCUGCCCAGUGUAUGGGUCACACUAUACAAGCAAUUAAGUAAAAAUUAG